GGGACUUUCAUUUUAACAGAAGGAAAGAAAUGACAUUUUUGCUUAAACACUUUCAAGAAGAAGCAGGGCGCCACGGCUCCAGACACCACUGUUCUCCCAGACGGAGGGAACCGAAAGGCUUCGAGAAAAUGUCUUCCUCACACGGGCUGGAGGAGAGACGUCGUGCAGCACUGCGACGGUUCCCUCGGGUUAUAUUUAAUGAGAGGAACCGCAGUGGAGUUCAUGGGAGAUGGGCUUUUCACUGCCCACACUGACAGACUGAUUUUACACAUCAAACUUGACUCGCCGCCCUCACAAAAACACCUGGACCACAUCAUGUUUGCUCUGCUUAACACACACAGUGAGUGACACACAUAUAUAUAGUUUUCAUUUUAACACCGCUGUGGGCACUCGGUCUGCGGCAUAAGCUACAGCCGAGCGCCUGCUAAGUAAAGCGUUCCAGUUCUCUGACGCGGUGCUAGUAUUAUUGGCAAAGCACAAGCGUUCAAGGCUGAGAGAGAUUGUUUUUUUUUUUUUUUAAAAGUCUGGUUGAUCAGUGCGAGACUCCGGGUCGCGCGCGUCAGAGGAGGAGGGAAACGCGUGGGGUGGGGGAAAACAGGCUGCCUUUAAAAUCCGCGCGAGCUCGGGCGCACCUGACGCUCGCGGACGACCAAAAAAGAAAAAAAAAAAAAAAAGCUUCACACGCGCCGGCGUGCUGAGAGCGAGCGUCGACCGCAGCACCUCUGGUCGCAGCGUUGUGUUCAUCCUCCGCCUUGCUUUACGCGCGCGCACCCUGCUCCUGCUCCUCCUCCUCCUCCUCCUCCUCCACCUCCACCACCAGCAACCUCCCCCGCACACUCCCACAAAACGACAGAGCAACUUGCGUGUGUGUGUGUGUGCGCGUGCGCUCGCGCAGAGCGAGGACAUGAUCGUGGACGAGCGCAUCAUCGGCCUCUUCAGGCGCCACUGGCAGCACACGCUCACCUACUGGAGCGUGUUCUUCAGCUUCGGCCUGUGUAUCGCCUUCCUGGGCCCCACCAUCCUGGACCUGCGCUGCCAGACGCAGUCUUCGCUGCAGAGCAUCACCUGGGUCUUCUUCUCGCAGCAGUUCUGCCUGCUCGUCGGCAGCUCCGUCGGGGGUUUCUUCAAGAAAACGCUGCUGUGCGCACUGUCAGCCCUCUUCCUGUCCUCUCUGAUCAUCUCACUGGUGUUCGCCAUCAUCCCGCUGUGCCACAAUGUGCUGCUUCUCGCAGUCGCUAUGGCAAUCGCCGGCCUUGCAAUGGGGGUCAUCGACACCAUCGCCAACAUACAGCUGGUGAAGAUCUACCAGAAGGACUCUGCCGUCUUUCUGCAGGCUCUCCACUUUUUCAUCGGCUUUGGGGCCCUGGUGAGCCCUCUCAUCGCAGACCCUUUCCUGUCUGAGACCAACUGUGUGGUUGGGAACGGAACGGAGAACUCUACAGCCAUGGAACACCUGAGGAACGCGCUGGCUGGGGGACCCGUGCACAACGUGUCGCAGUACCAGCUGCCAGUGGAGGGGGAAGUGAUCACCCAGGUCUCCUAUGCCUUCUGGAUCAUGGCUCUCAUAAAUCUGCCGGUGCCACUCGCAGUGUUUAUGCUGAUGUACCGCGAGAGGUUGAUCCCAUGCUGUAUGAUCAGCAGCCCACGCCUUCUGGACCGCGAUGAGCUAGCUAUAGAGACCCAAGGCAAGGACAAGGAGAAAGAUAAGCAAGAGUCUGAAAGCGAGGACCUGGAAUCUAUAGGUCACGGCGAUCUGUUCAGCUGCUGUCGUAAAAACGCGCUGCAAGGCUUCCCGCCAUCGUUUUUCGGAAUCCACAUCCUGGGUGGGAUGGUCCUGUUCAUGACUGACGGCAUUGUGGGCGCAUAUGCAGGCUUCGUUUACACAUAUGCGGUGUCCCCUCCCAUGUCGCUAGCACACAAGUCAGCCGGAUACUUGGCCAGCAUCUUCUGGGCAGCUAUCACCGUGGGCCGACUGGCAUCCAUCCCCCUCUCGUACCGCUUCCAGCCAGUCCGGCUUCUUUUAGUUAACCUGGCUGGUGUCAUCAUCACGCUGCUGCUGCUGCUCAUUUUCUACAUGAGCAGUGUUUUCCUCUUCGUGGGAACUUGCUUGUUGGGCCUGUUCCUCAGCAGCAUCUUCCCCUGCAUGGUGGCCUUCACGGAGGACAUUCUAGACUACCAGGGCUGUGCGACGACGGUCCUGGUAACCAGUGCUGGCAUGGGGGAGAUGGUCCUCCAGGUUCUCGUCGGUUCGAUCAUCCAUAGCCAGGGUAGCUACAGCUUCCUGCUCAGCGGAAUGAUCAUCGGUUGCAUUGGCUUCUCGCUGUUCUUUGGCUUGCUCUUCUUCCACCGCAUGCACAAGAACUACCAGACAGGAAACUCCAAAAAGAGCCCUAUGGUGAAUGAAUCAGGACUUGAGAGCUUACCGCAGUGACCCAUGAAGAAUUUGAGCUGGUGCAAUGAUGGGAGAUGGUGUAACGGACUGCUUUCGGGAAAUUGGGCCACGUCUACGAGGACAGAGUGGCAAAGAAAGACAAACGGCAUGAGGUCCGAGGUAAACUGGACUUGUGCAUGACGUGAAGAGCCAUGCCCUUCUCAGCUGGAUCCUACGGGGGGACAGGCAUAUAGGGACACUCGGCUCCUUUCGUGCUGAAGGCAGUUUUUCUCCUGUCUGGUAAUGCAAAUACCGAUCAAAUUUUUUUUUUUUCUCCUUAAAAUAUGAAAUGUACUAUGCUUGGAGACUUGAUUCCAGUCUGCUUUGGGAAAAUUAAGGCACCAUACACUGUUAGUGAUACUGAACUUUCUUAAAAAUGCACUUUUUUCCUUGAAUCGUUUAAUGUAGUUUUGUUUUUUUUUUUUUUGUAUCCCAACCUAUUUCAAAUGAAGAAAAAAAAAAUUGUACUUCAGUGUUGAGUAAACUAAAGGUAUCAAUAUACAAACUUGCUCGCUGCUUGGAAUGGAAUGAGAACGCAUUUUCUCCUAAAUGUUCCUGCGAACACCCAGGACGCGUCCGGUGUGGACGAAACGCUCGUCUUUUGCGAUAAAUCCAUGCGGCAGGAAGUGGCUGCAUCACUUGUGCUUCUGCACACAGCUGAGAGCCGAGCAGGUGGCACCUCGUUCUUUUUAACGGUGCCUGGUCAUAGUUCCAUUCUCGGCACUCCUUGAUUAACCCAGUUUUUACAGCAGUGUUAUCAUAACCUGUAUGUACAAAAUUGAUCCAUCUUGCUGUAUACAAAGAUUCUGCUGAUUGCUUUAUUUUUCAGGGGCAAUUCCUUUUGCCUCUAAUUGUUUUCUACUGCUACACAGAGAGAAAAUAGCAUUUCUCCUUAUUUCUCCCUUUCAAAAGGUCACGAAAGGGGCUUGUAACCAUCAGGGCCACAUGCAAAUAUUUUGUGCGAUGAAUCAAGACGGUAUUGAUGUUCUGAACAGAUUAGUUUCUAAUUUCCAUUUAAAAUAUGCAAAUAUUUAAACUGGUUCUAUGUGAGGAUAGUUGCAACCAUUUUUGACUGAGUAAAGGACUUCCUGCCUGCUCAUGUGGCCCGUGUUCAUACCCCAGUGCUGGGCUGCCACAUGAAGACAGUGAGGACAAUCCCUGCAAUGAACUGCCCCUUUGAAGAGGAAGAGUGUUGCUUUUUCUCCCAGCUUCACCGUUUAAUGGGGAGAGGUGAAUCAGCAUGGGGAGCAUGUUCCACUACUGCUGCAUGCUUGCAACACACAGCACAACUUGUCAUUAAAGCGGCAUCACAUUGGUAUCUCACAAAGGCCUGCUUUUAUUUUUGUACCUUCCAGGUCCCAGCUUAAACAGAAGCCCUUUCAAAGCAAGCUGCGUGCCCACCUCUUCCUUUCAGCUGCGCCAUCGUGUAGCACGGCACCAUGGUGGUUGGGAUGUUAGAGUUGGUGGUUGUGUAAGUGUGAUACGGCACAGGGCAAAUUACUUUCUGCUGCCGGAGGAAGAUUAAGCCGCGUGAUUCCGUGGCAGUACAACAGGCUGCUGUGCUCACUUUCUCGGGUUAAUCCAUUGUGACAGUGCUAGUUUGUCACACACGUUGGGGCAGGUGUUGCCGAGUUUGGUAGGAGGACGGAAUGUGUGCGGGCUGGGGUGUGGGUGACAGAUGUAAUCGGCGUCAUUCAUUUUCAGUCCUCCAUCAUCCUCCGUUGGCAUGUAGACAAGAUUAAUGGUGCAAACAACUGAACGAUUUUUGCGAGGAUCAUUUUAUAUGCAUUAAUUGCAACAUGGCACUCCUUUGAUCAUUCUAUUUAAAGAAGGUAACAGAACAAGUAAAGGUAAAUGUGGAUCUUGCACAAACUUUUUUUUUUAAAUAAAAUAUUCAAUUAAUUACAACUUUUCCUGUUUCAUUCUUAAACUGCACCCACUUCCCACAUACAUCUGUCAAACACAAAUCUGUAAACAUCCGAGAAGCAUUAACACAGACAAAAUACAAUUGCAAAAAGAAAAAAAAAAAAAUCUCUUGGUAAAGUUGCUGUUUUUCUCAUCCGGUAUUUUAAAAAGUAUUCUGCUCUGCUAGUGAUUCAAGGGGACAUUAUGUUCUGAUCGAUAUUAAGUUUCAACCUGAUUCAGAACUUAACAGAUUAGACAUUUUAAUUUCAAAUGCUCCUGCACACAUUUUUAAUACAGUAUAUGGAAAAAACCAGGUUUUCAAAUUUGGAAAUAGUUUACCAUAUAACUAACAGUAAAACCAUUUCAAUGCUUGAUAUAUCAAGAAAGGAGGGACAGCAAUUUAUAAAAUUGAUCUUCUGUACCAGUGUAUAGCAGGACUUUUUCUUCUGGGGAAAAAAUCC